AUCGGAUAUCCGCCCUCCGAUACGAGUUAUCCUGGGAUUUAUGCAACCUGUCACUGACUUAACCUCCAGGUCUAUAGACUGAAACUAAUCAGGAGUUGGGUCACGCUUGAGGCAGUACGUGGAUUCCACACGCUGGCUGACACACGGAUUCCCCCUGCGUCGAUCCUGGAAAUUACGAACAAAAACAAUAUUCAGAGAAAGGAACUUCAAGUUGGGUUCUGGAUCGUGAUUCUGCUGGCUGUGGGUAUGGCUACCCCUCCUUGUGACAAGUUGUCGGGUCAACUUCCUGCUGGUCUGUCCCUGACCCUGUCUCUGCUGUCGCCAGUGGAGCUGUCACGAAUCAUGAAUUCUUAGGAUGUACCGCCAUUGCCGUCUGCUAAUAUCCAUAGCAUCCUUCCGAUCGCUCUGUUCCUUCGACGAGACUGGUGUCAUGUCGAUCUGGGAUGGCUUACAUGGCUUCGCACUUUCUGCAGCUAAGGUCGAUAUCUGCAAGCCGCUCAGUAAGCCAUCGGUGCCAGACAAGGGGGCGGAGGGGGGUGAGAGGACGAGAGAAUGGCCUUGUACUCGGGAUCCUUUCGGCGACCAUCGCUCUUCAUGCAUGGCAGAAGACCCCGCGAUUCACUCAUGUCGUCCAAACACCCAGCAGGAGUCGUAUGCACAGACCAGACAUAAGCCAAUAACUCCUCACUGACCCCCUCUCAUCCUAGCAAACUUGUGCCGAUCAGUGUCGACGAACCUGGUCAUCGUCUGACAACUAGCUUCCUCUCGGUGUUACCCAGUCAGGAUAUGUCGAAAAUCGAGUCCCUGGCUUGGGAGGUCGGGCAGAGAGAGAGAGAAAGAGAGACACGACGUGUUACUUCCCCUCGCAGUCACGGAAAGUUUACCCAGAUGUGAGUGGUUGAUUGAUCAUUGUU